UUCAAUGUGAUCAUGGCUGAUCAUCCACAAUCAGUUCCUGCUGUUUCCCCAUGUCCCUUGGUCCGUUAGCCCUAAGAGCUAAAUCUAACUCGAUGUCAUGCCCUGCAUUCCUGUGGCAGGAUCUCAUCUCUCUGUCUGCCUUCAUUAGUACCAACAACCUCCAGCUGUAUGCUGCCCCUGUAGACAGCCUUGUGCCAACCUUGACUCGGGCACCAGGGAAGUAUCAAACAGCAUGUAAACAGGCUCUUCAGCCCAACAUGUCCAUGCAGACCCUUACCUGUACUGGUCUCAUUGUCUAUGCUGGAUCCCAGUCCAAUCCCCUCAGCAUCGAGUCUCUGACCACCAUUGUCCACAGUGGUGGGCUUCUCACUCUGGACACUGACUGCCAACGGUGGUGGUCCCCUCAGUCUGGACACUGACUGCCCAGUGCCGCGUUCUUGACUCCAACUAAUCUCCGAGACACAUCGCCCUGCCGUCUUCCAGCAUGCGAGAUGUCCAGAGAACCCGCUGACCACCAGAAUGCAAUGAUACUGAGGGAAGCUAGAGAAGAACGGGAGCCGUGACUGAGAUAUGGAUCAUCAUGAGACACUGGGAAACUUGGAGCAGUCGAAGAAAGUGAUGAGGAGGGAGAAGAACCGGCUGGCUGCCAAGAAGAGCCGGCACAGGCAGACCCAGAGAGCAGACACUCUGCACCAGGAGAGCGAUGACCUGGAGCGGGAGAACGUGGCUCUGCGGAAGGAGAUAGCACGUCUGAACGCGGAGCUGAGAUACUUCAGCGCGCUGCUUAAGAGCCAUGAGAUCCGUUGCCCGGCGCUGGGCCCCGCGGGCGAGGAGCUGGGCUACGGCCUGGCACCGGGGCACAGCAGCGGCGGCGGCGGAGGCGGCGGCAACCCGGCACGGUUUCACCUCUGAGGGGGCAGGAGCACGAGCACGAGCACGAGCACGGCACCCCGGCACAUCAUCCCUCCACACCCGUGUAUCACCCUCUGCAGGCUGCGGGCUGCGGGCUGCCUCAGGCCACCCCAUAACUAUUUACUCCAGCAGGAGCAGAAGACUGAAGAAGGGCCCAGACCCACACCGACACCUAUCCACGUUCUCCACAGGUGCUGCCUGACCCGCUGAGUUACUCCAGCACUCUGUGUCUCUUUGACUGAAAUGUUACUGUGACGGACUUAAAGCUGAAUUAAAGCUGGAGGGUUACUGCACCACA